CGGGAGCUGUCGGCCACUUCCGGCUAAAUGACGACUACGGCGUUGAUACAAAAAGAGAGAAGGAAAACACAAGGAAAUUAUCUGUCUUGGCGAGAACAGAAGAAACUUAACCUCUACUGGCAAAUUGUUAUGAAAGGAAUGCUAAUGCGGCUACAUAAUUAACAGAUGAUAUCAAGUCAUUCUAGACGGACAGCGCAGUGAAGGAUCACCGAUAUUUGGAGUUUAUUGUUCUUCGCUUGCUCCCUUCAGCUAAGCUAUUUCUGUUGCGCUACAUAGCCAAGCUUGCUAACAUUGGCUAACGCUGGAUGCCAACACUGUGUGUCUCCUUAACUCUCAGUUUAGCGGGCGGCUUGAAAGGAAAUAGCACAGUUAAUCCGUUCAGUUUGCAGCUGGACUCAGAUAUCCUUUUCUAGCUCAGUGGCUUCAGUUGGGCGAGAAUGGCAACGUCGGCACUGUACGCCUGUACGAAGUGUAACCAGCGGUACCCCUUCGAGGAGCUGUCGCAGGGCCAGCAGCUGUGCAAGGAGUGUCGCAUUGCCCACCCAAUAGUAAAGUGUACAUACUGCAGAUCUGAGUUUCAGCAGGAAAGUAAAACAAAUACAAUCUGUAAGAAAUGCGCCCAGAAUGUCAAACAGUUUGGAACACCCAAACCCUGCCAGUACUGUAACAUCAUUGCAGCUUUUAUUGGAACAAAGUGCCAGCGUUGUACCAACUCAGAGAAGAAAUAUGGACCUCCACAAACCUGCGAACAGUGCAAACAGCAGUGCGCCUUUGACCGUAAGGAGGAAGGCAGAAGAAAGGUGGAUGGAAAACUGCUGUGCUGGCUGUGUACUCUGUCCUACCGCCGUGUCCUGCAGAAGACUAAGGAACAGAGGAAGGGCUUCGGUUCAUCCAAUUCCUCAUCUCUGAAUGAGAAAGAUCAUCACUCCAGAUCGCACCAUUCUCACCACCACCAACAACACAGACACAGCAGUUCUCAUCACAAACUCAGUGGGAGCUUGAGUCCUGAACAGGAACCAGGACUGUGGAAGCAGAGCCAUAAAUCGUCUUCAAUCCAGAAGGAGACUCCAAAGAAGAAACCAAAACUGGAGAUGAAGCCAUCCAACGGAGACAGCAGUUCCAUCACUCAGUCUAUGGAUUCUGGUGGAACAGACAACUUCAUCCUCAUCAGCCAGCUGAAAGAGGAAGUGAUGUCUCUGAAGAGACUUCUGCAGCAAAGAGAUCAGACCAUUCUGGAGAAAGAUCGAAAGCUCACAGAGCUCAAAGCAGACUUCCAAUACCAGGAAUCAAAUAUGAGAGUGAAGAUGAACCAAAUGGAGAAGGCGCAUAAAGAGUCUAUGGAGCAGCAACAGGCCAAGAACAGGGAGCUGAUGAAACAAGUGGCCGCCCUUUCAAAGGGGAAAAAGUUUGAUCGGACAGGAAGUUCACUGGCGUUGCCCUAACAAAAGGCUAGCCAGCGGGUGACAACACAGAGCGGCUUCAUUUUCCUAACACUGUGAAAGUCUCCCUCCUGUGUUUCCUCAUUGCCAUCUACAUCGAUUACUUCUUAAUUGGUGAAACCAGAGACCAUGUUAUACAUGGAAGUAAUUUGUAAAAUUAAAAAAAAACAAAGCAGAGGGGAACCCUCACAACCUUUCGCUAUUUGUCAACAAAUUUUAGAUAUUUUAUGGCGACUUUCCGCUCUGGAUCAUUGGACAUGACUUUGGAUGGCGUGGAGGAUGAAGCCCUCGUUUUUAGCACUGCCGGGCCAAAACAAAAAAAGCAUGGUGAGCUUAUGCCGAGAGUAUUCUGGUAACUCAGUGUGUCCACCUGAUUUUUAUGGAUGUCAUGCAUUUAUUUAUUCAACGGUAUUUCUUAGCUUUUUUAUUUCCUCACAACAUACUGAGAGAAUAUCCCACAUUUUGGGAUUUUCUUCAAUAGCAAUUAGUUAUAUUUUUCUAAAUGGAUGCGAUUGUGGAAGACGAGCUCUUCCAAACAGAGACCAUGUGCAACUUUACAAUGUAUGCAAAUGCCGGUGCGGUUAUCACUGAUCUGCUGCUCAACAAUAGAGAAGUCUCAGUAACAUUUCAGUAAACAACCAAUGAGCACUCCGGGCGGCUGUCUGAUAGAUGCCUCUUGGCUGCCCUCUUUUCUCACUGUGUGACAGCUGUAGUGCUUUGCUGUUUCUCUUUAGUGGAACGAUUGUAAUAUUGCAUGGUUUUACUGCCAGAUACCGGAUGGCAUUGUGGUCAAAUGUCUUUCCCCCUCUUUUAAUUAGUUUUUUUUUUUUUUUUAAAGAAUCACUUGUAAAUGUAUUACUGGGGUCAGCCAUUGUAUUUAAACUAUUGCUUGUAUCUGUUUAGUGAGUACAGUACGUGUAUGGUAAGGCCAGUUAAAAUGAACAUGUCUGUAGAAGAUUGCUUUUAAAGGAGCACUUCUAUCACUCUACAUUAUUGGGCUGGUUUCAUACUGUGGCGUUCAGGAUCACUUUUGUACUUUUUUCCAAUCUCAAGUGUUUAAAACUAUUAAAACUGGCUAAGCUA